GGGUGCGAGAUGAGGAAGAAAGUGAAGAGGAAGGAGUGCACUGAACUCUGACUCCGAGCUCCCCUGCAAACAGCUCGCACAACUGCAUUUUGCCGAGACUGGAGAAAAGAAGACCGGCGUGAUUUUUUUGGAUUAUCUCCACCUUUUCUCGUUUUGAGAAUGUGUAAUGUUUCUGUGAGGAUGCAUUGAAGACAAAGGCGAGAUGGAAGUGGAGGAGAGUGGUGAAACGAGGACUUCCUGGUCUGCGACACAAGGAGAGACACCCUCCAUCCCCUGUGACCAUGCCGGGAAGAAAAGAAAACAAGACCCGGCUCCUGAGCCUGUGAUCAGGAUCACAGAGGAUGAAGAAGAAGAUGAGGAGGGGGAGAUGAUGUCUGACCACAUGAGGGAUUCAGAGGAGCCCAGUAACAAAAGGGUCAAACCUGUGGUGAAGUCCAAUAGCCUUACAGGUGUCAUAACCCCGGUGAAGACUCCUGCUCUGAAGCGCAUUGGACAGUCCAUUUCGCGGUCUAUAAGUUUUCGAACUGAGGCUCGACCUUUGCCCCCGGCCCCCCUGCGCCCUCGCUCCAAGGCCUCCUCAUAUCCACGCCGGCGCAACAGCCAAUGCUGGAGCGACACCGUGGAGAGUCAUGACCUCACUGCCAAAGAGAUCAAGCGACAAGAGGUGAUCUAUGAGCUGACUCAGGGGGAGAGACAACUCAUCGAAGAUCUCAGUCUGGUCAAAAAGGUGUACUAUGAGCCCAUGCUGAAGUUGACCAUCAUGACAGAGAGCGAGCUCGGACAGAUCUUCGGCACACUGGACUCCCUCAUUCCUCUGCAUCAAGAUCUCCUGAGUCGUCUCGAGCGGCUGCGAGGAUCAGAGAAGACAGUCGGAGAGGUGGGGCCUACUCUGAUGAACUGGUUCCCUUGCCUGGAGGCCUAUGUUACAUACUGCUGUAACCAGGUCGGGGCCAAAGCCCUGCUGGACCAGAAAAAGCACGAGAAAAGAGUGGAGCACUUCCUGCGCUUGUGUCAGGAGUCUUCGUUCAGCAGGAAACUGGACCUGUGGAACUUCCUGGAUCUCCCUCGAAGCCGUUUAGUCAAGUACCCCCUGUUGUUGAAAGAGAUACAGAAGUGCACUCCUCCAGACCACCCGGACGAGGACACGCUGCCUAAUGCUUUGGAGCUGAUCCAGAGCAUCGUGGCGGAGGUGAACAAGAAGACAGGAGAAGCGGAGUGCCAGUUCUACAGGCGGGGUCUCUCAUACCUCGAAGAGAGUCAGAGACUACCAGAGAUCCAGCUGUCCCGCUUCAUCUACUGCCACGGGGAGCUCAAGAACAAUAAGGGCCAGCGCCUGCAUGUAUUCCUGUUUGAGCUGGCUUUGGUGCUGACCAGGCCGGGGGAGGACAGAGAGGGAGGUCAGGUGUUCAAUGUGUACAGACAGCCUCUGCCCAACGCCUCAAUAAACCUGGAGGAAAUCCCAGAUGGGGAGCCUGCUGGAGGGGGCACCUUCAGGGGAGCCUUCACUGGAGGAAAUGAUAAAGUGAAGAACUGUUUCCGUGUGAGCAGCAGAGGGCGCUCCAAAGCUCACCCUUACAGCCUGCAGGCCAACGACUCCUUCAGCAAGCAGCAGUGGAUCACCUGCCUGCGCCAAGCCAUCGUCCAGUCACGAGACAGGACCGCCCAGACCAGCCAGUCGCAGCUCUCCACUCAUCACCCUGAUCCCGCCCUGUAUCACAUAGCCGAGCUCAGCCUCAGCUCGGACACAGAAAUGGCAGACCACACCAGUCGCUGACUGUCAGACUGAUGAUCAGGAGGCCCCGGGGAGAGCCUAUAGAUCUGUACAUUGACAUUGGAGAGAAUAAAACAUGGACUUUUUAUGAAAUAUGAUUGUGCGUAGAAUUCCCCACACGGAUUUUGUCUUUUCCUGCAUUUGCUGAUGGAUGGUGUGAUUGUGGCGAUGUGUACUGUACAGCUUGGGAACAGUAUUUCUGAAUGUAAACUGUAAAAUGUUUUCAUUGUUUUGUUUUUUUUUAAAUAAACUGACACUUAAAACUUUA